CAGUCCUUACCAGAGGUCCACAGCGCACACUGGCGUCUAGGACUAUUCCACAUUAAAUCUGUGCUCAUUUUCACAUCUGUGCAUGUUAUAUUGUGACACCAACUUUUUUUCUUUUGUCUCAGAAGUUUCUCUUUUUCCCCCAGUUUCUUCUUCAACUGUGCGGUUUUUUGGACUUUAUCCAUGUUGAAAUGGAAUAUGAGGAGUUCCCUAGAGAGACGCUAUCAAGGAUUUGAGUUGCUGUGAGUCCUCCUCCGGUGGAUGAAGAUGGACCCUCCCGCCUGCGUGUGUCCUCCAGACCCUGCUGGUGCUGAUGAUCUUGCCCCCUGUUGCUUCCGUGUCCUGCCCGCGGCCCUGCUCCUGUCCCCAGCCCACUGAGCUCCAUUGCACCUUCCGCUCCCUCAUCACCAUCCCAGCUGCUGUAUCUAAACACGUGGAACGCAUGAACCUGGGGUUCAACAGUAUUAAUGAGAUCACAGACAAAUCACUGACUGGUCUGAGGAAGUUGGAGCUUCUGAUGGUUCAUGGGAAUGACAUCAACACUUUACCUGAUGGAGUGUUCAGGGACCUCAUAUCACUACAGAUGUUGAAGAUUAGCUACAACAAGCUGAAGGAGAUCAACAGACACACUCUUCAGGGUCUUUGGUCUUUAGCCAGGUUACACCUGGACCAUAAUCAACUGGAGUUCAUCCACCCAGAUGCGUUCCAGGGUCUCACCUCCCUGCGACUGCUGCAGCUGGAAGGCAACCAACUUCAGCAGCUGCACCCAGCAACAUUCACCACCUUCACUCUCUUGAACCACUUCCACGUCUCCACCCUGAGACACCUCUACCUGUCAGACAAUGGAUUGACAUCACUGCCCUCCAGGCUGGUGGCAACCAUGCCUCAGCUGGAGAAUCUGUACCUCCAUGGGAACCCGUGGUCUUGUGACUGCAAUAUGAGGUGGUUCCACGACUGGAACAAAACCUCACCAGGUGUUUUGAAAUGUAAAAAGGACAAAGCCCUUCCUGGUGGCCAGUUGUGUCCUAUGUGUUCCUCUCCCAGGCAUCUCCAGAGGAAAGAGCUCCAAGCUGUGGAGAACCUGGUCUGCAGCAGCCCAGUCAUCAGUUCUCCUCAUAGGACUUCUCCACCUGAUGACACUGAAAGUGAGGUCAUGACUACAGACAACUUCAGGGAACCAUUUGGAAAUAUCUCCCUGGGCCUGUCUGAUGAACAUGGGAACGAGGUGGAUCUGAAGUGUAGUAUUGGUGAGCCAAGAGAGAUUACCAAGAUCGACUGGGAGCAGGUCAACCAGCUCCAGCUAUCCUCCAAUAUCACUUUAUCAGUGGAUUUCGAAUGUCCUGUUGAUAGAGAAAAGUAUGAACAACUAUGGAGGCUAAUUGCUUACUACAGCAAUGUGCCAGCCCACUUACAGAGGGGGACUAUGCUCAGCAAAGAGCCUCAUCCAACCUAUGUGUAUAGACAGGACUCAGAGAAGGAUGCCCUCUACUACACAGGUGUUAAAGUUAACGUUAUGGCCCAGCCGGCAUGGCUGAUGCAGACAUCUGCAGACCUUCAGCUAAACAGACUUCAGUCAUCAGCCAAGAUGGUAAAAUUGAUCCUAAGCACGGAGCUUUCAGAGACAGUGGAGGCAGAGCUGGUGCGGAGGCAGAGUAGGACAUGGGUCUUGAUCGAAACGACAAACACGACUCAUAAAGUGUUGAGUACUAUCCUGGGAAGCCCAAGUCAAAUGUACUGUAACGUGCACAGUUCUGGCCAACCAAUAAUUCAGUGGAUGCUGCCAGACGGCUCCAAAGUGGAGGCACCAUACAGCAGUCCAGACAACAGAGUGUCUGUGUCCAGCGAUGGAAGGCUGGUCAUUAAAUCAGUCAGCCACACAGACACAGGAAUUUACUACUGCAUUGCCAAGGUUCAUGGAGAUCUAGCUGUCCUGCCAUUCUAUCUGACAGUGCAGGAAUCCUCCAGUCCUCCCCCAGGACAGGAUACCUCAAUUACACCCAUUGAGGGAUUUGCAGGGAGCCCCAUUUCCCUGCCUUGUACAGCAUCUGGUUCCCCUGAUGCUGAAAUUAACUGGAUUCUACCAAACAACAACAUAGUUAGCUUCCAAGGCAAAUCCUCCAGAGUUUUGGUCUAUCCCAAUGGGACUCUGCAUAUCCCACAGACUCAGUUAUUAGACAGUGGUUAUUACAAGUGCAUUGCCAUGAAUCAACAUGGUGUAGAUACACUGGCUGCAAAAAUCACUGUAAUCAGGCGUAAAGGCUUCAUAAGACCUUUGAGGAAAUUUCCAGCAAGACCUCAGUCCGCCUCAGGGGUAAACACUCAGAUAAAAGUUCUCACAGAGGAUACAGAGGAGGCAUCAGGGGACAUUGAGGUAACUCAGGAGGGGUCUCCAAUGAACCGCCAAGAUCCUAUGAGAAGAAGAAUUCCUGGAAGUGUGGCCCCAGGAAGGAGGGGCAUCCAUCCAUCAAGAAAUAUGUGGCGGAGGCCACCAGUGCUUCGAAAACCAACAGGAUCACAUGUUGAAGACAGCAGGAGGAGGAUUAAUGUGUCAAAGAGUAAAAUAGAUCCAGAGAAAUGGGCUGAUAUUUUGGCAAAGAUUAGAGAUAGAACUGCUCAGAAUACUGUUACACCACUCCCAGUUGAACGUACAACAGAGAGAAAACUGACAGAGCAGACAACACAGUCUCAAGAAACUAUUGAAGGAUCAUCAGAUGGCGUGACUGUGCAGGAAAAGGAGGGCCAGGAUUACCUCACAACACCACACACUCCAGUGCUACAUACACAAAUGAAAACUAAUAAACACAAUACACAAGGUCAGGGAACUCAUGUGACAUCUAAUCGCUACAACAUACACAACACACAUGAUAUAACAUCAAAUGGUCAGCACACACACAGCAUACACACUACAACAGAGCCACACACAAUGCAGACUAUAUACAAUGUGCAGCACACAACCCAUGAUACAAACUUGGAUCUAUACACAACUUCAAACAGUGUACUUCUCUUCCCCCAGACCACAUCUGUUCCUCUACAUGUUGUCACUCUCUGGCAGGUGAAUACAAACAGUGAAAGCAGCAGCAGUACAUUUUCUCUACAAGAGAACUAUAGCACAAAUACAGAUGCUAAUGGAGUCAAAACAGCUGAUUGGUCCAAGGCAACAGAGAGAAACAGGAAUACAGAUAGCCUGAAUGUUGUUGCCAGCUCUAAUACUGACAGAGAGCUUUCUUUGAGUGGAAGUCAGAUUAUCCCUUCAGUAAACCCAAAUGAAUCAAAGACAAGCCAAGAAGAAAAUGGAAAAUAUCUUAGUGAGACUGCAACAACAUCACAGCUGCAUACUCAGCCAAAGGACACAACACUUGAUGAUUUGCGGUCUCAAGCAAUGCUCACAACAGCAUCCCCAACAACUACAUUUUUGCCCAACACUACAACAAAUGGGCCUGAAGGACAACUGCCCCCGCGCCUCCGACAGCCCAACUCCAGGCGAAGGAAUGGAACUCGAAGGAAGAGACCAAACAGAAGGAAACAAAAGCUGAAUGAAUCCCCCAAGUUUAUUGCCACCACACCUGCAAAUACUCCCCUAGCAACAGUAAGGACCACUGCCUCCACACAGCUAAAAAUAGAACCAUUAGAAGUUACAACAGCCAAAUUCAAUACCACUGUUCCAUUCACCAGCAGCCAAGCAGCGUCAUCAGGCAGUCUGAGUCACAGAGAAAGCACAGUCUCCAGGCAUGACAUUGAGGCAGCCACCAAACCCUCUUCACUACCAGCUUCUCCCCCUAAAACUAAGGACAACCUUCUAACCCUGGCCAAGCCACUAUUCAAAAGCACAUCAGCAGCACCAUCAUUUCCAACAGCCUCUCCAGGAGUGGGUCAUGGAAAGACUAGUUCUCAAACAACCCUAAGAAUCUCAGAGAAUUCAUCUCCUCCAGAGCGCUUGGAUAUCCUCACAUCAACCACUCAAGAGAGGUUUAUGAGCAGCUCUGUUAGACCUUUAGAGACACAUAGGGUAACUGUUGCUUUAGACCUCGGAUCUUUGACACGCUCUAACAAUCCCUCUGGGAGUUUUCAGACUGCAACAGUGCAAACAGAUAUCAAGAACAAUCAAUCAGACUAUCAAUACACACCCACCAAUAAGGGUAGAAAGAUUGAGACUGGGACGGUCCCAUUCCCAUUUGCCUCAGCCGCUUCCCUUAUUGAGCAUGAAAUCAAGACAACUUCUGGAUACACUUCAAGUGGCUUAAUUACGACACAGAGUUUGCUUUUUGAUUUGGAGAAAGAACAGGUUACAAAGAAACCUACACUGCUUGAAAAAUAUUAUCAUAGUUCUCAUCAAAACAACAGCCGGAGCAGUGAGUCAGAGGUAGAUCAGCAUCUUAAAGAAAUUGCAAACAUUGGAGAUACUGGUGAUGCUCCUAACACAAGUAUCACCACAACACCACCUCCCCCUGCUACUUCAUCAAGACCUGAUCCUGUGAUCCCAUCCAAAGAGGUGUUAGAUGUCACGUUACCCAGAAUGUCUUCCACAGUUAAAAUGGGACCUUUGCUGGAGGCCACUACCCAGGAGGCAUCCAGGAUCACAGUCAACCACAGUGAAGACCAACAAUUCACACCUAUCAUCACCACAUCAGAGCCUAGGAGAAUAUCAGACUACCAUCCUGCAACCCAGUCACCUGACCACAAACUGACUUCCCCAGCCUUAAAACUGACCCGUGGGCAGACAAUCAAGCAGACGGCCACUCCUGCCCCGACAAUUACUGCAAUCCAAACUAAUCCAUUCAGAGAGAGACUGCUAACAAGUACUCAGGAUGUGCUCAGAAUGCACCAGCUACCUGGACGAGUAUCUGUUCCACGAGGGAAGCCAAGGAUAACUAAGAGCAAUUUCCAAACUUUCACUGUGAAAGUUGAAACAGAUGCUCAGCUUCCCUGUGAGGCUAAGGGCGAGCCAAAGCCCUUCCUGUCAUGGACUAAAGUUAUUAGUGGGGCAAGUAUUGCUCAGAACACAAGGGUUCAGAGGUUUGAAGUCCAUCCAAAUGGCACAUUAAUCAUCAGGAACACACAGCUCAUGGAUGGGGGCCAGUACCUUUGUAUGGUCCAGAACCAGUAUGGAACAGACAAAAUGGUGGUCAACCUUGUGGUCAUAUCUCAGCAUCCACGGGUACUCCAGCCUCAGAACAGAGACAUCACAGUGUAUCUGGGUGGCAAAGUGGAUUUGAACUGUGAAGUGGAGGGGCACCCUAGGCCUAAAGUUACUUGGGUGCUCCCUAACCAUGUCCAUAUGGCUGCUGCCCAACUCGAUGUGCCCCUUCAGCAGCGUGUGGUUGUCUUGAGUAAUGGAACCCUCCAGAUUAGCCAGGCCAGUUACACAGACAGAGGGAUUUAUAAGUGCAUUGGCAGCAGUGCAGCUGGAGCUGACACUGUCUUAGUCCACCUUCAUGUCUUAGCAUUGCCACCUGUGAUUCAACAGACACAACAUGAAAACACCACCCUCCCAGAGGGAAGCACCGCCUACAUUCACUGCACCGCCACAGGCACCCCUCAGCCUGUUAUCAGCUGGAUCACACCUGAUGGUGUACAGCUCACUGCUUCCCAGUUUUCCACAGGACGCAACCUUAUUGUCUUUCCCAAUGGUACACUCUACAUACGGAGACUGGGUCCGGGAAAUGCUGGGAGAUAUGAGUGCUCAGCCAGUAAUGCAGUGAAAUCCAGCAGGAGAACUGUGAUCUUGAGCAUAAAGAAGAAUCUGUCCUCUUCUAAGGCCAGCAUCACCUCAUCAUCGCCCCACAGAACAGAUGUGAUCUAUGGGAGUAAAUUGCUACUCAACUGUAUGGCAACAGGAGAGCCAGAUCCAUGGAUCAUCUGGAGGACACCCUCUAAGAAGCUGGUGGAUGCUCAGUAUAGUUUUGAUCCCAGGAUCAAGGUCUUCCCCAAUGGCACAAUAACCAUCCAUUCUGUGACUGACAAGGACAGCGGUGACUACCUGUGUGUGGCACGUAACAAGAUGGGUGAUGACUAUGUUCUGCUGCGGGUCAACGUGCUGACUAGGCCAGCCAAAAUUGAACAGAAGCAGCAACGAUCCAGUCAGGAGGUGAUGUAUGGUGGGGACUUGAAGGUGGACUGUGUUGCCUCUGGGCUUCCCAACCCUGAAAUCAGCUGGGCACUGCCAGAUGGCACCAUGGUCAACCCGGUCAAACAGAGAGAGCAUAACAGUGGAGGACGUAGUCGCAGGUAUCUGGUGUUUGACAAUGGGACACUGUAUUUCAAUGAUGUCGGCAUGCCAGAAGAAGGUGACUACACCUGCUACGCUGAGAACCAACUUGGCAAAGAUGAGAUGAAGGUCAGAGUCAAGGUCAAGGUUGCAACUUCCCCACCACAAAUCCAGGAUAAAGAUCAAAAGAUCGUCAGGGUUUUCUACGGUGAGACCGUUACACUCAAAUGUAACUCGAAAGGGGAACCAAUGCCAAUCAACACAUGGAUAUCCCCUACAAAUAGAGUGAUCUCCCCUGCAUUAGACAAAUACCAAGUCCUGGGUGAUGGGACAUUGGUGGUUCAAAAAGUCCAACGUUUUGAUGGAGGUAAUUACACCUGCUUGGCCAGGAACAGUGUAGGACAGGACCAUAAAGUCAUUAGGCUGGAGGUCCUGGUAACACCUCCGAUGAUCAACGGUCAGAGAGAAUCUGCCAGUGCUGUCAAGGUAACAGCAGUCCAGGAUCAGCGGAAACUAGUUGACUGUGUGGCAAAGGGAACUCCCACCCCUCGUGUCAUGUGGGUUCUACCAGGAAAUGUGAUCCUCCCUGCACCAUACUACAGCAAGAGACUGACAGUUCACCAGAAUGGUACCUUGGAAAUCAGGUCACCCAAGAAAGGAGACUCUGGGCAUCUGGCUUGUAUUGCUCGAAAUGAAGGAGGGGAGGUCAGGCAGGUGGUUGAUUUGGAUGUGAAAGAAGUUGUUGAGAGGCCACAAAUUAGAGGUCCCAAAACAGAUACCCUAUCACUGACUGUGGGGAAUGCCAUGGCUUUGAAUUGCUCCUUUGAGGGCUCAAUACUACCUCACGUCACUUGGAUCUUACCAAACGGCACACCUCUGCUUAGCGGUGCUCGAUUCUCUAAGUUUUUCCAUCAACCUGACGGUACGUUGAUCAUCAGUAACCCAUCUGUUGGUGAAGCUGGUAUAUACCGCUGUUUGGGGCGUAAUUCUGGAGGGUUUGUGGAACGUACAAUCACUUUGUCCCCAGGGAGAAAGCCAGAAAUCAACAACAGAUACAGCUCUCCUCUGAACGUCAUGAAUGGGGAAACACUUUUGCUUCAUUGUCAAACCAAUGGCGAACCCUUCAGAUUAACUUGGACGCUACCCAGUGGGGUUGUCCUUAACAGGCCACAGAGAGCUGGACGAUAUUCUAUACUGCCCAAUGGGACACUUGCAAUCCAGCAAGUAUCAGUCUAUGAUCGGGGGUCCUACGUAUGCCGAGCUGCAAAUGAGUAUGGUAGCUCUCUGCUUUCUGUGUCGGUAAUUGUGACUGCAUACCCACCUCGGAUUACCAACGGCCCUCCCUCUGUGACUUAUGCUAAACGAGGAGUUGCUGUUCAGCUGAACUGCAUAGCAACUGGGAUUCCUAGAGUGGAGGUAGCAUGGGAAACACCUGAUAAAACCCGCUUGGCUGUCAGCACCCAGCCACGCCUUUUUGGAAACAAGUACCUCCAUCCACAAGGUUCCCUCAUCAUCCAGAACCCAACACAUAAAGAUGCUGGCAUCUACCGGUGUACAGCCAGGAAUGCCAUUGGCAUAGACUCUAAAGCUACAUUUCUCAAUGUCUUCUGAAGAAUUUCACUGUUCAGCAUGGUCAUCAUGCCAUACUGUAUGCCCAAGCAACUGCCUAGUUAAAAGCAGCUAAUGUUUUUAAUUAUCCAAAUGUAAAAACUGCUGUCACAAUGAUGAAACAAGUAAACCCUGUUGCAGUGCUUUGAGCAUAUGCUAUAUAGAGGUCAGAUGUUUAUGGUAUUUUGUGCCCCAUAGCUUACCAUUUCCACCAUUCUGUGUGUAAUCCACAUCACUGGUAAAUAUCAGUGGGUCUCCCUCCUUUGGUUACCUUCAAAUUGUUCUGUUCUGUAGUUUAGCAGACAGUACAGCACCUGUGCCACGUGAUUUCCACUUUAUCAGUAAUAAUUAAACAAAAAAGGUACAUUUCUAAACUUUAAUUUAAAAUUACACAAGGAAGUUUGGCACACAGGUGCAAAAUAAAUAGUCAUGCAACAACCCAGUAACUUACUAAACAGUACUUAGGAGUAAGUUGCUAAAGAUAAUAUUGAUUUCAUUUUAUUUAAGUUAGAAAGUAUUCAGAUUGCUUACAUCCACCAAGGCAGUAAAAUAGUGGUACACACACCUGUAACAUCACUGAUGGAUGUGGUUUGCUGUUAUUCAUGUUCCCAAAGAACCACCUUUAGGCAAAAUGUUACCAGAGUUCAUUUGUAUGUAUAUCAUCAUGUGUCCCAUAUGGGGACAUACGAGGUGGGCUAAGAAAUCUGAGAAAAAAUAAAUUUUAUAUAUAUAUAUAUACAUAUAUAUAUAUAUAUAUAUAUAUAUAUAUAUAUAUAUAUAUAUAUAGAUAGAGAUAGAGAGAGAGAGAGAGGAGUGAAAAGUGGAAUCUGUGUAACACAAAUUUAAAAAAUCAUUGUUUGCUUUCAGUGUUGGACUACACAACAAGUGGUAAAGUAACAGCUUAAAAUGACAUCAGCCUGUGCCUCUAUGCAUAAGCUCCACUCCAAGCGCCCUUCCCUGUACCUGUACCUUUGCUUUGAUGACAUAGAACAGUUGCCAUGACAAUGACAGAUUAUGUCGAGCUGUAAGAAACUGCAUAGCUUUCCAUUUUCUAACUAGAAAAUAUUGUUUAACUUAAUGACAGAAUUGAUUGGAAAUAUGUAUAAUGUUGCUGGGAUUGUUUUUUUUAAGACAUGAUUUGAGACAUCCAUUGGUAUCCUGUUCCUUCCAUUAAUGUCCAUUUUUGGUAUUUUCUGUGUUUCCAUUUUUUAAAAGAUAAUUCAAAGUGUUUGUUACCUGCUCUCAGCGGUGUGCACCACCUUGAAUCUGCUUCUGAAAAGUGCUGAUGCAGGUUCCAUGUCUUCAUUUGUAAAUUAUGUCUUUGACAGACUGUGAUGCAUAGCAAUUUUCCCAUAGUUUAAUAAAAGAUUUCCAUUCUUUUCUAAACUCAAAAACAAAA